GCGCCCGGAAUCCGGCGAACUACUUUCAUACCUGAGCAGGGGGAAUAAAAUCUACUUCAGUGCGUCACGUAGGCGCUUCAAAGUUUUCAUUUUUGCAAAAUUUACGAUUUAACGUUAAAGUGGGGCAAAACAAAAAAAAGCCCUUGUAUACUCGGUAGUACAUAUAGGUAUGUACUACUUAAAAGAAUGGAAACUUUGAACACGACCAAAAUCCCACUAAGUAAGUGUACGCCCAGUUCAGUUCGGUUCCGGAUUCGGGAAUUUCCUUCGAGCUUCCAGGUUAGCCAGGGUUCUCCAUGCUCUCCAUGUUCUGCGGGCUCACCGACAGGGUUCAGCUGCACCAGGUGUGCCCGUGCCCGGGUGGUUUCAACCUUUCGUUUUCCAGCCCCGAAACCGGAAUCUACGAUUGAAUUUCAGACAGUACCCAGACACCCAACCACCCAAAACGCCAUCCGGCGGCCAAGGAAAACGCAGAGGCUUUUGCAAUUUUUAUGUGCAAUUUUUUACAUGAGAACCAAAGGCGGUACGAAGUGUCGCUUGUGGCUCGUUAAGGUUAAGGGGUGGAGGGUGUUCUUUAUUUUGAGUGGUGUGGACUAGCUGUUGGAAUACCACUGAUGACUGAAGAGUGGAUUAGUCUCUGGUUAUCGUUUGCAGCGGGUUCAUGACACCCAUUUAACAAAGAUUAACCAUAAUUAUUUCAUAAAAAUUUAAAGAUGCCUUCCCUAGUGAGAAGUCAACUAGUGAUAAUCAACAAUUUAAAACCGUUAAAACACAUAUAUGGAAAGUGAAAUGGGGUCUACGCCCCACGUUGGGCGCCAAAAAAACACAAAUAACAAAACAAGUUAUUCGAAAUCUUUUAUUUCCAUCACAGAUUAAAUUGAAAACAUUCCCGCAUGUGUUACACCUAAUAGCUUUUCUAGAGGGUAUUUAACACCGGAUCUCUCAAAUUUUUUGCUAUGAUUUAGUGUGCACCACCUGCCGAAUCAUCGCCACCCAGCGCCCGCAAAUACAAUUUAAAUUUUUAAGCGGCAUCUACUUUGGACACGCCUUGGCCUGGGAUUCGAGUCACGCAGCCUGACGGGUGGCAGCGUCAUCAGCAUCCCACCCCCUUUCUACCACCCCACAUCAGCAUUGAAGCAUCAGCAUGUCGUCCUUUGGAUCCGUUAUCCCAAUUUUUUUUGCCGGAAAGCUUUUUGUUGAAUGUUGCAAUUUCAACCCGUUGAUGGAUUUUAUGUUUUUUUCCCUGCACUCUUGUUGCGGGCACUGGAAAAUAUAUUUUGAUUUAUUUUGGAACUGAUGAGCAAUCAUAUAAUUUUAAAUAUCUAUCUACUCCAGUUUAUAUAUUAAAAGUCUGUACUGUGCUCAACAGCAUUUAAUUGCAUUAUAAUAAGGUUAUCUUAAACUAAACGAACGAUUAUACUCCUCUCCAUUUAAGGUUGGCUUGAUAAACCAUAUACUGUGCAAAUACUUUUUUCCGAAGUGUACUUUUGUGUCCUGGCGGCGGCUGCAAAAUCAGCGCAAAUCAGUGGCAAAAAGGGGCCGUGUGCGGAAGGGGGUGAAACAAACGCAAAUUGAUGACACCCGCAGCGUCCUGUCUGUCAUUGAUACUUGCAAAAAUGCUGCUUUACAUGUCGCACGCACACGCUGCGCUGAAAUGACACUAAAUUUGGUUGAUUAGAUGCCCUCCAAACAACAAAUCGGAUUGGUAUCCUGCGGCCCGAAAAGUCCCCUAGCUUUCGUAUUGUAUUGUCGUCGUAAUCAGUGAUACUUUUGCAUCCGCAUUAGGAUUAGGACUUAUUUUUUGGGCUUUUUAUGCCAGACUUUUUAAAGGAUAUUUUUUAAAUAUCUUUUUUAUUAUACUGAAAUGUUUUUAAUCUCCGUAUACCAAAAUAGGAUGCGAACUCAAGAAACUAUGAUGACAGUCCUUUUUUGUUGGCCUAUUUUUUUUCAUUUUCGCAUCCAAUUUUCCUAAGCCGUUUCCAUUUAAUGCCUGUGCAAAAUUUAGCUUGAUGGGUAACCAAAUUCGGGAUUAGACACUAUUCUUUUUUCACCGUUUUCAGUGGCCCCAUCACGUUAACGUCAGCCUAAUUGACAAAUCUGCGCUUAACAAGCAAACGCAAUCUGCUGCAACGCUCCCAUAGAUAUAGAACCACAUAUAUAGACGGCGGGAUUCGGGGCAAAUGGGUGGCCAUAUAAAUUAACACAAGUAUUUUAACCUGAACCUCGCCCGCCGUACAGAAUGCAUGCUAACAACCACUUAGCACACACGUGCCACCCACUCACCCACUUUCUGCCCCACUUUUCCGCCUUUGAGACCCCACCACUGGUGAACAACUAUUAAAGAAAUUACGAGCAGAUUCACCGGCUGAAUGUCAGAAGGAAUGGUAUAACUUUGGGAUCGGGGCUCCGGAAAGCGGGAAUUGGAAGCGAUUGGGACUCUGUUUUAUUUGCAACAAUUUGACGCAAGCUGAAAUGCAUGCGGGUGCGUUAAAAGUUGCCGAAUCUCCAACUGUAUGUGUGAUGUAAGGCACUAUGAAAAAAAUUUAAUGUCCGUGGGA